CAGUCACGUGGUUUCACUGUUGGGGUCAAAGUUCGUGUUGACAUCCGCAGACUCGCAGUUAUAAUGGCUGAAAUACAGAUUGGGAAGCAUUGUCAGAUCGAUUUCUGCAAAAAGAACGAUUUCCUUCCAUUUGUCUGUGAUCUGUGCAAUGGUGUUUUCUGCCUUGAGCACAGAAGCAGAGAGGCCCAUUCAUGUUCAGAGGAGCCAGUGAAAAAGGAACCCCGGACCGGGGGUGGCAGUACAAGUUAUCCAUGCUCAUUUCAAGAGUGCAAGGGAAAAGAAUUGUUGCCAGUAAUAUGUCCGCAGUGUGAAAAACAUUUCUGUUUGGCCCAUCGUCAUCAAGAUGAUCACCAGUGUGAGAAGUUGGAGGUCCAAAAGCCUCGAAUGGCAGCCACAAAAGAGCUGGUGCAAAAGAUCGUUGAGUCAAAGGACAGAUCUAAAAGUAAAGGACGCAGAGGAGCAAAGAACAGUGCAACUGCAGCCAAGGUAGCAUUAAUGAAACUGAAGCUGCAUGCUGCAGGAGACAAGGGGCUGCCACAGACAGAAAGAACCUAUGUUCAGGUUUAUCUUCCUAAAGAAUCCAAAGACUCCAGCCAACCCAUGUUUUUCUGUUCCAAAUGGAGUGUGGGGAAAGUGGUGGAUUAUGCAGCCUCUCUAGCUAGCCUCAAGAACAGCAAUAAUGUACUGACAGCUAAGAAGCUGCGGUUAUGUCAUCCUCAGACAGGUGAGGCUUUCCGGAUGGACGACACCCUACUCUCCCUGCUGGCUCACACAGAAGCUCCCCUGUACAACGGGGGCAACGUGAUCCUGGAGUACCUGGACAAUGAGUGCACAGGCCUGGAGAAUGUUUCUGACUAUAUUACACAGACUUGACAAAACAAUGAUAGCUACUGUGUGCCAUUUUUAUUUUUGUCAAUAAAAUGUUCCAUUGAAAUGUUUAA